AUGGAGAGCAUAGAGCACAGAACGGUGGAAGUGAAUGGCAUAAAGAUGCAUAUUGCAGAGAAGGGAGGAGAAGGGCCAGUGGUGCUGUUCUUGCAUGGCUUCCCCGAACUCUGGUACUCAUGGCGCCACCAGAUUGUGGAUCUGGGUUCCCUCGGUUACCGUGCUGUGGCCCCUGACCUCCGAGGCUACGGUGACACCGAUGCUCCAGCGCCACUUACCACCUACACCUGCUUCCACCUUGUCGGUGACAUCAUUGCGCUCAUCGACUCUCUGGGUGUGGACAAAGUGUUCCUUGUUGCCCAUGACUGGGGUGCCAUCAUCGGUUGGUACCUCUGCUUGUUCCGACCAGACAGAGUCAAGGCCUAUGUCUGUCUCAGCGUCCCCUUCCGACCCUUCCUCGGAAGAAACCCCCGACAGAAGACCGUAGAUGGUUUUCGUGCCUUGUACGGAGAUGACUACUACAUAUGCAGGUUUCAGGAACCAGGGAAGAUGGAAGCUGAGCUGGCUCGCGUUGACACUGCAUAUCUGAUGAAGAACAUACUUACAACGCGCAAAACCGGUCCACCCAUUUUUCCGAAAGGGGAAUAUGGAACUGGAUUCAAUCCUGAUACUCCAGAUACCUUGCCCUCUUGGCUCACUCAGCAAGAUAUUGAUUAUUACGUUAGUAAAUUCCACAAGACUGGCUUCACUGGAGGCUUGAACUAUUACAGAAAUCUCAAUAUAAAUUGGGAGCUGACAGCACCCUGGACUGGAGUAGGAAUCGUGAACGUACCGGUUAAGUUCAUUACAGGUAGCGUUGAUUUGGUGUACAACUCCCCGGGGAUGAAGGAGUACAUCCACAACGGUGGUUUCAAGAAAGAUGUGGCAACUCUGGAGGAAGUGGUGGUGCAGGAAGGUGUUGGCCACUUCAACAACCAAGAGGCUGCAGAGGAUGUGAGCAAUCACAUUUAUGACUUCAUUAAGAAGUUCUGA